UCUGAGAGUCAGGACUAAUCAAAGGCACUUGUCUGGAGAGGACUGUUGGCCUCUGAAGGGACAGAGCCAGUUCAGACCAGCCUGCUGCGCUUUCUCUCCUUUUCUUUCGCUCUCAGCGUCCUGUCUGUGUAGGGCGACGUGUGCGUACUUACUCAGAAAUUCCUUCAAGCUACUUCACUUCUGAUUGUGUGGAUUCUAAUCAUGCACACUGAGGCUUUUCUACAGUCCAUGUUGGUGCCGGUGCUUCUGAUUCUGCUCUCGACCGUGGAGGACACCUUGUUGCAGUCAGUGAGCCAGGCGGGUGGCAUUUGUCGGUUAUCCACAGAAUCGUCCCUGCGCCGCUGCAGGACACCUGAUGGUAAGAUCUGCAGUGGGAAGGGCAAGUGUGACUGUGGAAUCUGCAUCUGCCAGGCUGCAGGUCCAGGAAAGUUCUACGGGCCUCACUGUGAAUGCCACGACUGGGUGUGUGCAACACACAAUGGAAAAGCGUGCAAUGACCGAGGCUACUGUGACUGUGGGAUGUGUGAGUGUGACGGCGGCUGGUUUGGAGAGGCCUGCCAGUUCCAGGAGGAGUGUAAACUACCCAGCAAGAAGAGCAAAGAGCUCUGCAGAAACCCACAGGGGGUAGUGUGCUCCAACCGAGGAACCUGUCACUGUGGCAGCUGCAUGUGUGAGAAUGAGGACAACAGGGGACUGGUGACGGGACGUUUCUGUGAGUGUGACGACAGCGAGUGUCUGGACGAGGACACUGGAGAGGUGUGCGGAGGCCAUGGCCAGUGUUACUGUGGUAACUGUUACUGUGCUGCUGGUUGGCAUGGUGACAAAUGUGAAUUCCAGUGUGACAUCAGCCCAUGGGAAAGCAAGCGGAGAUGUACAUCUCCUGAUGGCAAAAUCUGCAGCAACAGAGGGACCUGUGUGUGUGGGGAGUGUAACUGUUAUGAUGUUGACCCGUCUGGUGACUGGGGAGAUAUUCAUGGAGACACCUGCGAGUGUGAUGAGAGGAACUGUCACGCCACCUACGACCGAUACACAGACGAGUUCUGUUCAGGUCAUGGCCAGUGUCACUGUGGCAGGUGUGACUGCAAAGAAGGAUGGGCGGGGAAGAAGUGUGAGCAUCCUCUGUCCUGCUCGCUGUCUCUGGACAGCAGUCUGAAGAAGUGUCGCGGAACGUCCAAUCUGCCCUGCUUCGGACGAGGUCAGUGCCAGUGUGGACAGUGUACCUGCCACCCACCUGGCGACAGUCGUGUUCAUGGCAAAAACUGUGAGUGCGAUGACCGGCAGUGCGAGGAUCUCAGCGGAGAGGUCUGUGGAGGUCACGGUUACUGCUCAUGUGGACGGUGCAUCUGCCAGGACGGUUGGUUUGGGAAUCUGUGCAACUUCCCUCGGUCUUGUGACAUGAGUGACGCACAGAGCAAAGAGCUUUGUGAGACCGCCGAUGGAGUCUUGUGCAGCGGAAAAGGUUCCUGUCACUGUGGACGGUGUAUUUGUUCUCCUCGAGACUGGUGGGUGUCUGGAGAGUACUGCGAAUGUGACGACCGGGAGUGUGACCAACACGAUGGGCUCAUCUGCACAGGAAAUGGAUUGUGCAAUUGUGGCACCUGUGAAUGUUGGGACGGCUGGACGGGAAAUGCUUGUGAAAUCUGGGUAGGAUCGGAGUACUGAGGAGAACUGACCGCAGAUGUUGAGACAGAGUUUUGGCCGCCCGGAGCGACCAGGAGCAGCAGCGAUGGUCUUUUAAACGCUCCUUGUCAACCAUCACAGCCUGAAGACCACAACAGGAUGAAGAGAAGCUAAAGCCAUGCAUCAAAUUCCUGCACAUGUGUAAAAACAUUCAUUCUUUAAUUGUACUGGUUACAAAUAACACUUAUUAAAGCGUAACUCUGUAGAUGACAAUAACAAACUUUUUUCUUUUUUUGACAAAAGCUUUAUCUUCUAUAUAUAAAAUGUUAUAACCAUUCACGUUUCCAUUACAAAUAUAUGUAUGUUUUAUUGUUUUAAUGUUUGAAUGCCUGCAUUUUUUUCAGAGCACUACAAUGGUCA